GGUCACUGUGUUGGUUUACUCAGACGUCGGUGCCCACGGAUAUUACCAUCAACUCUUGGCAAGCAAAUCAGCCGGUGACAAUGGCCGUCGAAGCUCCAUACCAGGCCGACCACUCGUAUCUGGGCUUGGUCAUGAGCAAGGGUGACCCGCGAACUCGGGACUGGCCCAUGAUGGGCAGUCCCGUGUUCGUGGCCUCGAUCCUGGUGGCCUAUCUCUACUUCUGCAUUAGUCUCGGACCUCGUUUCAUGGAAAAACGCCAGGCGUUCAACAUCCGCCCCAUCGUGGUUUGCUAUAACGUGAUAAUGGUCGGACUGAGCUUAUUCUUUUGUAUACUCACGCUCAAGUUGACGUACAUCGGCCAGGAGAUCGGGCCGUACGAUGUGUUCUGCCAAGCCACCUCGCCUACGGAUACUGUCCUCAUGUGGUGGGGAUGGUUCUACAUGUUGACGAAGAUCGGUGAACUGCUCGACACCGUGUUCUUCGUGCUCUUGAAGAAGAACAAUCACAUUUCGUUCCUCCACCUGCUCCAUCACUCGCUCGCGCUCGCCACCGUUUGGAUGGAUAUCAACAGCGGAAUCACCGGUCAGGUUGCCAUGUUCCCAAUUCUCAACACUGCGGUGCACGUAGUAAUGUACGGAUACUACGGUCUCUCGGCACUGCCGCCCUCGAUCAGACCCAACCUGUGGUGGAAAAAAUACGUGACCCAGUUCCAGAUCGCACAAUUCUUCGCUCUGAUGGUCCACGGUUUAAUUCCAAUCGUUCACGACUGCGGUUUCCCGAAAACCAUGGCUUCAUUGAUGUUCCUUGAGGCUCUUCUGUUCACUUGCCUGUUCUCUGACUUCUACUACAAAAACUACAUUAGGGGCCAAGACCAGAGAUACCAGAGCAAGCCCGUCAAAGACCAAUAGGUUCUUGUACAUAUAUAAACAUUUAUAUAAAAGCUAUUUAUUCACUCCGGACAAAGCUGCGGUGUCCUGUGACCGGUGAUUCUCCUGAGGAGAAAAAGGAUGCCGCAGGAUGGAACCGCCCUGGUCUCGCUGUGGAUUGAACGAAAAAUGCGGGACGACGCUAUUGGAAUCCUCAAAUGUCUGUCAAAAAAAAACUCGCUAUGAACCGAGCCGGAUGAUUGCUGUAUGUACUGCUAUGAAACGAAAGCUUCAGAAAGCUCUUGAAGUUCGACGUGAUACCGUUCAAUGAUUUACUCAAAUAAAGCGCGUUGUAC